AUGGCUACAGCGUGGAGUGGACAUCAUCAGUAUGGAGGUAUCCCUUUGGAGAUUCCAACGAUACGCGAAAGCGUCGCUGAAGAGCCAGUAGAACAGGAGGCGGAGGAGGAAGAGUUGCUCCCGCUCGAGCUGGAAGAGCCGACGCUGCGCCCGGAGGAUAUUUCUCUUCCACGUCGACAUGCAGCCCUCCGUAGCUUCAAGGAACUUGGAAGUUAUUGGAAGCGGAAUCUGAGACCCCAAACCCUCCGUUAUCGCGCCUUCGACAGAGCCAUCUCUCCUUUCUACAGCUCGCUCUCCAUCACCGGUCCCAAUGAGAGCGGUGUCGCGGCGUGGAAUACCCCUGCCGCCUUCGCCUUCACCGCCGUCCGAUGA